AUGCUGGAGUUCAACCUGACCAAUGAGAAGCUGAUCCUGUUCUCAGCCAAAGCCCCGCAAGUCAAACACCUGAUCGACACGUUCAUCAGUGAGAUCAAACGGGACUCGGACUAUGUGAUCGCUGAACGUAACUUUGUGACAGACGACCGCUCGAUGCUCAGUUUCCACAAAGGAGACGUCAUCAGGCUGCAGGUCAUGGACGGGCUGGAGAAAGGUUGGAAGUUCGGCGCUGUGUUCGGCCGCUCUGGUGCAUUUCCGGCCGAGUGCGUCCAUCCCGUUGCUCCCCCUGACUUCCUGUCACUGCCACUGGACCGUAAGGCUGAGCCUCGCGGAGGAGCGGGACAGUUUGCUGUGUCGUCAGCCGUUGCUGUUGCCGUGGCAUCCACCAUGGCCGCACAUGAGAUAGAUCAGACGAUUGAGAAAGUUUCCCUCGAUGGAUUCGCUGAUGGAGAUCUGGAUGAGAGGGCCCUGCAGGACAGUAAAUAUGACAUGGUGGAAUUUGCCAGGAAAUACUUCAGACAGGGACCCGGCGGGAAGGGAGGUUCCCUGAAGAGCAGAGGCAAGAGCAGAGACUCCAGGGAGCCCAGUGAAAUGAUCAGGUUCUCUAAGACGCCUCUGACCGAGUCUCUGAUAGAGUUCACUGAUGCCGCCAUGAACAGAGUGGCGGCUGAUCUCUUCAUGUUGGCGAUGCGUUUCAUGGGCGAUUCACCGUCAAGGGGACUGACGGAGCACGAGGUGGUCAGCACUUUCCUCAAGCUCAUAGGAGAGUUCACCUUGAUGAGGGAUGAGGCUUACUGCCAGCUCAUCAAACAGCUUACUGCCAACACCAGCUCCAAACCCGACAGUUGCCAGCACGGCUGGAGGCUGCUGUACAUCCUGACUGCUUACCAUCGCUGUUCUGAAGUCCUCAAGCCUUUCCUCCUGAAAUACCUGCAGCAGGCCUCUCGCAGCGCUGGGGCACAGUAUCAGGGUAUCGCUAAAGCGUGCGAGCAGAACCUAAAGAAGACUUUCCAAUAUGGCGGCCGCAUUGUUUCGCCCAACAGCAUGGAGCUGAAAGCCAUGAUGGUCAGUGCACUGGUGGAAGAAGUACACGGAUCCUAG